GAUGGACAGGGAGGCCUGGCGUGCUGCGAUUCAUGGGGUCGCAAGGAGUCGGACAUGACUGAGCGACUGAACUGAACUGACUUGGUUAUUAACUCCACUUCUCAUCCAUUUACCCAAAAUGGAUGUCUAAGAUUUAUGUGCCACUGUCUUCCCUUACCACUAAAACCCUUCCCCUUGCUUUCAAAACAUUUUCAAAAAUGUUUGACUGAUUAUUGCUAUAGACUGAAUGUUUGUGUCCCCCUGUGAAACAUGAUGAUAAUAGGAAGUGUUAGGAUGGUAUUGGGAAGGUGAUAAUGUAGUGAGGGCAGAGUUCUCAUGAAUGGAAUUAAUUCACUUAUAAAAAGAGAAAACCCCCAAAGUACCUUGCCCAUUCCUCCAAAUGAGGUUACUAUAGAAAGCAGCCAUUUAUGAACCAGCAGUGGGUACUUUCUAGAUACCAGAUAUAUCAAUGCCUUGUUCUUGGAUUUCUCAGCCUCCAGAUCUGUGAGAAAUAAAUUUCUGUUGUUUAUAAGUCACCCGGUUUGGUAUUUUUGUUAUAGCAGUCCAAACAGACAAAGACAGAAAUUGGUACUGAGAAGAGGGGUCGCUGCUGUAAUACCUAAAAAUGUGGACAUGGCUUUGAAACUGGGUAAAAGGUAGAAGCUGGAAGAGUUUUGAGGUUCAUUCUGGAAAAAGCCUGUGCUGUGCUAAGUCAUUUCAGUCAUGUCUGACUCUUUCUAACCCUAUGGUCAUAACCCACCAGGCUCCUUUGUUCAUGGAAUUCUCUAGGCAAGAAUACUGAAGUGAGUUGCCGUGCCCUUCUCCAGAGAGGAAAAGUCUACUUUGCCACAAAUGAAUGGAUUGUUAAGGGCAACUGUGAUGUGAGCCCAGAAAGAAAAGGUUAAAUGCACUUACGGAAAAAGGAAAAUUUGAUAGUAAGAAAAUAGAAUAUUGUGAUAUGGCAAUGAAUUCCUCAGUGGAAAACAACAUAUGUAUAAACAAAGUAUGGGUUCAAUGUGAGAACGAAAGUUGUUUGAAAUGGAGACUGUUAUCAAAUGAGGAUAAAGCCAAAGUCAAUCACAACGAACCGUGGUACUGCUUCAUGAACACUGACUCAAAGUACAAUAAGUGCUCUGUUUCUGAAGAAGACUUUCCUGAAGAGUCUCAGCUUCAUCAAAAUGGAUAUAGGAUCGUCUAUUCACAGCUCCCUCUUGGAAGCCUGGUUUUGGUAAAAUUAAAGAAUUGGCCAAGUUGGCCAGGGAUACUUUGCCCUGACCCUUUUAAAGGGAAGUAUGUGACCUAUGAUCUGGAUGGAGAUGUUGAACAAUAUCACGUAGAAUUCCUGGGUGAUCCCCAUUCGAGAUCAUGGAUAGAUGCGGCGUUUGUUGGACAUUAUAGUAUCACAUUAAAGCCAGAAAAAUGUAAGAAAAAUAAGUGGUAUAACAGUGCCCUACAAGAAGCAUACCUCCUCUAUAGAUGUUCUCAUGAGCAAAGACUGGAAAGAUGCUACCUAUCAAAACACGACAAAUCCAAAGCAGCUGGCAGACUUACUGUGGUGGCCAAGAAAAGGGUGCAAAUUUCCAAAAAUAAAACUGAAAAGAAAAAUCCCAAAUUUGGAAAAAGGAAAAGGAAAGCUGUUUUAAAAUCCUCUUUUGAAAAUGUUUGUUCAGAUGAUGCCUUAUCAAAGGAAAACAUGGUUGUCUCUGAGACAGAAUUUUUACUGAAAGAGCUGGAGCAAAUGCUAGAGCAAGCUCUGGAGCACACAACCACCCACAAGAAGUCUGAAGAGGAGUGCGGAGAGGAAGCGAAUACAGGAGAAAAGUUACCUAAAUGUGGCCCUGAAGUUCCUGCAGGCAGCUCUCUUGAAAACCACUGUGAAGAGGACUGUCUUAUAAUUGAUGGGCGAAGGUUAAAAGCUGGAGAAUGUAUUGAAAAUAUAACUAAGAAGUUUAAAGAAAUAGAUGCUUUGAUGUCUGAAUUUUAAGGCAGUAUAGAUAUUUUCAAAAGUUAGUUAUAAAAACAUUUGCAUCUUUACAUUUUCCCAAAGUUAAAACUUAAAAAUGUUUUGUGAAACAUUUUACCAAAGUUGUUAUUUAUAAUAACUUUGUACUUCGUUAUUUUUGAGAAUAUCCAUUGUUUUGAGAGAUAAUCAGAUGGUAUUUAAGUUAAUGUUGUAAUUUUAGAAUCUGAGAACCCUGGUAUUUAUAUUUGUAGACUUUUUUCUUGUUUGCCUUAAUUUUAGAAUAGUUUAUGAAACUUACUUCACAAAUACAUGCUUUAUAAUGAUUUAAUUUAGACCCUUUGUUCAAGUGUGGCUAACUGUUAAAAUGACUGCCAAUGCUAUUAUAAUUCUUACAAAUAAUUCAAAUCUAAUAUUCUUAGAGAAUGUAUAUUUGUAGUAGAAAUAAGCUACUGCAAAAUAAAAGGAAAUAAUAAGAAAU